CUGACUUUUAUUUGAAAUAUUCAGAAUCUUAAAUUUGUUAUCACUAAAUUACUAAAUAUCUAAUAAUCUGAAUCAAAUUAAUAUUAACUUAUAAUUAUAUUUAAAAUAUUGUUAGGCAAAGACCAUAAAAAGCCCAUUUUCCUCUUCCCUACGUUCCUCGUUUCCACUUCUUCUUCAUUAAACCCACUUACUGACCCCAUCACUCUCCAUGGAAAACUACUCGUACAACUCCUACCCAGAGUCCGGUGGCUCCUCACCCAGAUCUCGCGAAAUCGACUUCGAAAACCCUACGCCAUGGGAGGCCGAUCAACCACCACCAACCACCUACAAAGUCAAGCUCAUGUGCAGUUAUGGCGGCAAAAUUCACCCUAGACCUCACGAUAACCAGCUCGCCUACGUCGGCGGCGAGACUAAAAUCCUCGCCGUUGAUCGCUCCAUCAAGUUCUCCCUUCUCCUUGCCAAGUUAUCCUCCUUAUGUGACGUUGAUGUUUGUUUCAAGUACCAGUUGCCUGGUGAAGAUCUAGAUGCUCUUAUUUCCGUAACAAACGAUGACGAUCUCGAUCACAUGAUGAUUGAGUACGAUCGCUUGAACAGAGCCUCUCCUAAACCGGCCAGAUUAAGGCUGUUUUUGUUUCCUGUAACCGUUCAAAGUCCGGCACAUAGUUUUGGCUCUACUGAAGGUAGAUCGGAACGUGAACGCUUCGUUGAAGCGUUGAAUUCCGGUCCGGUUCCGUCGUCGACGGUUCAGUCGCAUGGGAAUGCGGAUUUCCUGUUUGGUUCGGAAAAAGGAGUAGCUCCGGCGCCGGUAACCGUUCCGAAAGCUCGAGAUCUGCCGGUUGUAGAUCCGCCGUUACGUCAUCAUGAUCCGGACGUUGCGGUUUUGGAUGAGCGUAAUAUCGGUACGGAUCGGAUACAGAAACAUAUUCAGGAUCUGAGGAGAUUGCGAAUUGCAGAAGAUCAACAACAGAAUCUGUAUAGAGAUGACAACAAUAACCAAAACCUCAACCUCAACCUCUCUGGUGGCUAUUCCGGAGAUUAUUACGUUCAGAGACCGUCGGAAAAAGUAGUUACAACGCCACUUCCGGCAAGUGUACCUUCUCCGGCACAAGGAUAUCAAAUCUCCGGCGGUUACGCGCCGUCUACGUUAUCAGCCGAUCAACAACCGGUUUAUAUGGUUCAGGCUCAGUCGAGUAUGUAUCACGCGCCUAUGGCUCGACCGGUAACCGGUCCGAUAGGUCACAAUCCAGGUCAGGUUCAAGGUCAGAGCCAGGGUUACUAUGCGGUUCAGAGGAUGCCGGCUGAGGCUUACCGUGAACCGCCGGUUUACAACGCCAUGCAACCGGUUCAAACCAUGUCUACACCGCCUAUGUUCCCGCCACAACAACAACAACAACAACAACCGCCUGUACAAAAGGUAUCAACUGAAGGCAUACGGAUGAUCCAAUCAACGGCUGGGAUGACAGAUGGAGGUUACACUCAAGUGGCGUAUGAUAACAGCCUUGGGAGGCAUGUGUACUAUACUGCGCAGGGGGCGUUGGUUACACCUCAUCAACAACUGCAACAACAACCACUAGCACCACCACCACAACAACAGCAUCAGGUACAUCAGUUUCAGCAGGUGGCUGCUGUGUCAGCAACUUCAAAUCAAAUUCAAGAUGGAAAGGUUAUUGCUCCAAUUACGAAGAUCUCUCAAGGUUCUAUCUGAUCACUGAUGAUAUUAUUCAGUAAGUUUUCGAAUUAUGAUAAUAUAUUAAAUAAUAAAUAAUAAUGAAGUUGUAUGCAUUUAUUUGUUUCUGCACUGCAUUAUAUUAUAUGGUCAUAUAGCCAUUUAUGGUGUUCUGUUCUGUGUAUACCUGUUUGAAGUCAAUAUAAAUAUGUGUAAAAUUAUUGGAGUGAUG